AUGGCAACCAAGGUCUACCGCCACCUCCUCUAUAACCGCCUAGGUCGCACAGACAACAAGCUCGACCCAAGCAUACUACGCCUAGGCAUCCUACUCGUCCUGUUCGAUGUCUACAUCACCUGGGCCCGGAUCGAACGCUCAAACACCUCCCUCUCAGGAGCCGAGCACGGCGAAGGAGGAGGGCCAGAAUGGGCGCUGGCUAAUGCACCGAUCAUCACGCAGUACCUCUUCUUCCUGACUAUGAACGUUCUCGCGACCGUCGCGCAGCAUGCCUCCAUCCGAUUCCUGUCGAGAUAUUUAAUGGACCGCUUCGACAAACGUCAGCCGGGCGAUCCCAGCAGCGACGAGACAGUCUCAGGCCGCGCCUCACCCUCAGCGAUCUCAACGGCGCUGCUUGUAUCGAGCUGCACAAAGCUUUUCCCCAUCCUGCUGGUCAUCUGGCCGACCGCCAACUCCGACUCCUCCGAGCCGGACUCGGAGGCAUCACUAGGUCGCGGUCUCGGAAAGGCAUUUGUGUCGAAUGCGUCCAACUACGUUGGUUGGGUGGUACUGCUGAACAACAUUGAAGCGCUGCUCAUUCUGCUUGAUUGCGGGUACGUGGUGGCAACGGGGCUUGCGCUUACGGGGUUGAUGUUCAGGCAGACUGUUGAGGGAAUGGCGUUGGCAAUGGUUGGGCUCAGGGGUACGGCGAGCCCGGAGGCUGUGAGUCAGGGCUUGCAAAUGCUCCAACGAUCAUUGUCGUGGUGUGGAUGGGGAUGA